AGCUGUAAUUUACAACCUUAUUCUAGCGCGCUAGUAAACUGAUAAGUGCCCUCAUCGAUAAGCAAUCUCUUCGUCGGUCAUGUUUUGCAAACUCACCCCACGAAAACAGUCCAGCUCCGUUGUUUAGCUAGUUCAAACCAUGAGUGACGAUCCCACGACCAGUUCCCUGAUCAACCUGGUGGAAGAACACGAUCGUCAACAUGGCGUCCAGGAGGUUCGCAUCAAGCUUCCGAUCGGUCACAUCGCCGGCAAGUGGUGGGGCCCCCGGAACGUGCGGCCAAUCCUGUGCCUGCACGGCUGGCAGGACAACGCCGGAACGUUCGAUACGUUGAUCCCGUUGCUUCCCCGGCACGUCAGCUUCCUGGCGAUUGACUUCCCCGGCCACGGGUACUCUUCGCGCAUUCCGGACGGCCUCACCUACCAGACCAUCAGCUCGAUCAACCUGCUGCUGGCGGUCAUGACCGAGUACGGCUGGAAAAAGGUCUCCUUUAUGAGUCACUCGAUGGGAGCGGUGUUGCACUUUGUAUUUGCGGCGAUCUUCCCCGACAAGGUCGAUCUUAUUAUUUCGCUGGACUCGCUCAAGCCGCAAGUGCUUCCGGUUGAGUUCAUGAUCACUCGGCUGGCCGAUUCGUUCCCGCAGUUUAUGAUCGCGGACGCGCGAAACCAGCAAAAGUCCGAGCCGCCGGCCUACACGUACGACGAGAUGAUCGAGCGAUUGCACGAGGGCACGUUCCAAUCGAUCAGCAAGGAAACCUGCCCGUACCUGCUCCAUCGGAACAUUCGGAAGAGCGCGAAAUAUCCGGAAAAGUACUUCUUCACGCGGGACAGUCGGCUGAAGCACCACGCGGGUCAUCCCUUUUCGCACGAACUUAUUAUGGAAUUUGCGGCGCGACUCAAGAUGCCGUUUAUGUUUGUGAAGGCAACACGAUCGCCCUACUUUGAGGAGAAAAAGUAUUACGAUGAGGCGGUGCAGGUGUUGCGGGAAGGGAAUGCAUACUUUGAGCUGCACCAAGUUGAGGGAAGACACCACGUUCAUUUAACCAAUCCGGAGCGGGUUGCGCCGCUGGUGACGGAUUUUUUGGCCAGGUAUUGGACCAAGGAUGAGGACGUGGUGGAGAGCAAGUUGUAAAUGUUGUUGAAAUUAUUGUUUUGGUUGAAUAAAAACUGGUUUAUAGUGAACA